UCCCUUUUAGCCCAAGUUUCUGGCCAGUGGAGAGUCCGUUUCAUCUCUCCAUUACCAAUUCCGAAUCCACAAUCUCAAAAUUUGUUCCGGAAACCUGUGAGGGUAUAUGGAGGAAUCUUCAGCUCCAGUAUCUUCCCGAGCCUACCACCGCUAUGUGGAAUGAAGCAGCAGACGGAUUCUGGAGACAUGCAAACUUUCCUAAUUGGGUUGGGGCACUGGAUGGAAAACAUGUGCGGAUAAGGAAGCCAUCUGGAAGUGGAUCUCUAUUUUAUAAUUAUAAGAAAUAUUUUUCUAUUAUACUCAAGGCGAUAUGUGAUGCCAGCUAUAAAUUCUUGGCCGUUGACAUUGGUGCCUAUGGACAAAAUAACGAUUCCCGUGUUUUUAAAGAAUCAAAUUUAGGAAAAGCCCAGUAUGCUGAUACCUUCCAGAUCCAGGCCCCAAAACCAUUACCUGGUACUGAUGGACCUGCCUUGCCCCAUAUAAUAGUGGCUGAUGAGGCCUUUCAGAUGGCCCAAAACUUGCUAAAGCCCUACUCGGGAAGAAGGCUUAAUCCACAGCGGCGUGUGUUUAAUUACCCCUUAACGCGGGCACACAGGUAUGUGGAAUGUUCUUUUGGUAUUCUUACCAAUAAAUGGCGCUUACUAACAACAAGCAUACAAGUCAAGCCGGAAUCCGUCGACACAGUCAUAAAAGCUUGUGUUGUACUACAUAAUUUUGUGCUAAAUAUGGAGCCUUGUUCAAUACCUACCAUGGAGGAAAUUACAGAAGUCAAUCUUCCAGGAAUGGAAGCCAUACCAUUUCAGAACAAGUGUUUCAGUCAUGCAGAUACGUGAUGAAUUUUGUAAUUAUUUCUAUUCAGACCAAGGUGCUUUGCCAUGGCAGCAUACCCUGUAGGUUAUUUUUCAACUUUAUUUUUGUCUUCGUUUAUUAAAGAAAAAAAUUAUAAUUUACUAAUUAAUCUAUUUUUCUUCUUUUUUUUUAAGAGAAAUUGAAGAUUGAUGCCUGUAUUUUUUAAACCUUGUUCAUAUGAUAAUAUAUUUUUUUUAA